AUGAUCCUCCUCCAUAUGUCAAGUAUAACUUUAUUACAGAAGACGCCUGGAAAGAGUUUCUCAAGAUUCGAGAUACCCCUGAAUUUAAGGAAAAAAGUCAGAAGGGAUUCUCUUGUUCAAGAAGCUGAAAAAGGUGCAAUUGUUCCAGAUGGACGUAACGAUAUCUUAUCAUUAGCCAUUGGAACAUCUGAGCAUGGAGGUCAUUGGCUUGACGUGUCUAUUCUUCAAAUUUGGUGCAUGUAUAUUCAUCGUGUUUGUCUUGAGAAUUCCGUUUCAGAAUUAUAUGGAUUUAUGGACCCUGCUAGGUGUAUUUAUAAUGAUAAUGUAGCGAAAUCUCAAGAAGAUGUUAAAAAUUACGUGCUAGAAAAAUUACGUGAUGAAAACAGAGCGUGCCACUUACUACCAUUAAUUCAUGGGAGACAUUGGCAAUUAAUAGUCAUGUGUCCAAGAGACAAUUUAGUUGUCGUAUUUUGUUCACUUCAUCGGGAAAUUGACCAGAACACGAAGAAAAUUAUUACAAAUUCUUUUGGGAUUCAUCAAAUGGCAAAUGGAAAUAGAAAAAAGGCUACAUGGCUUCAUCCCAAUACAAGGCAACAACAUAACUCUAAUGAUUGUGGAUACUAUGUGAUGAAAAAUAUGUUGGAUAUUGUCUCUGCUAAUAUAACCGAGAAUUGGAUGCAGGUAUUUGAUGACCCAACAGAAUUAACACCAGAUGAUUUGUAUGAUUUGCGACUUCGUUGGGCAAAAUGUUUCUUUGACUUACAUGGAACUUAA